AGCCGGGGCCCGGCCGGGUUGUUUGCGUGAACGAAAAAUAAACAAUCUGUAUUAAGAGUUUACACAUAGUGCUCAUGGUUGAUUUUCUAAAACUUUUUCUGUGUUUUGCUGUCUUAUAAUUUUCGUUCCAUACAACUGCCCGACCGGGCCCGGCUUGGAAAUGUGACCGAGCCUUAAAAAAUGCUGAAGCCCCAGUAUUAAGGAAACUAAGACACGUGUUAUUAUAAGCAUAUGACCGACUUUCUAGUCGCACAGACAACUCAGGCUAAUCAGAUGGUAAAACUAGAAUGGUGGACAGUCAUGUGUGGCGUUUCAUUGUUUUUUUUCCAACAUCUAAUCAUCCUCCAGUACCCAGUAUAUUCCUGCUUUGAGAUGUCAAUACGUCUGAUGUGGUGUUGUAGGUUGUCGGCGUGCUUGACCGGAUCGUAAAUAAGUCGGGCAGAUGUUGGGAGGGAGUCGGCUCGCAGGCUUGGUCGUGGAAAGUGCCUUUCCCAAGGACACAAGAUUGAUGGCAUGUUAGGACCCGAACCCGGGACCUCUUGGUUCUGAGUCGAGCACUCUGCGGUUACGCCACACGACAGGGGCUUUGGAGCGUACAUAGAUUCUUUAUUAAACCUUUCCCGUAGGAUACCGACUGUUGGCCAUGCGUCCGUCGCUGAUGGAGUCGAUGUUGAUGCUGGUUCUGGCAGGGAACGCAGUUCUGUUGCUCUUCUCGAUUUUCAACAUGGCCGCCGUUCCCGUCAAGCCUCGGGCUGGCGAUAUCGUGAAGCAAUCGCUGGCAUCUACUGAACGUAUUGAGACUGUCAUCCCCUGUCCGGUAAUGGCAGAAACGGCGUCGAGAACGGCUCGUUGGGUGACCGUAAAUAUGGGAGAGACUGUGUAUGACAUAGCGCUUGUCGGACAACACCUUUCUGUGGACAUCAGGGCAGAGAAAGUACACGAGGUCUACCGGGUCACACCUUACUACAUGACAGAUAAGGUCAACGUCACAUCCGGUGUGGUGCAUGAUGGGAAAACAACUGUGAUCGUGUAUUGCCGUCUUCCCAGCAUUAAAGCAGACAACGAAUUGAUUGCAUUUGAGAUCUUGGACGAAGCCGGCCGCCAUGUUGGAUCAGCAACCCUGGUGCUGACUGUGUAUCAGUUGUCUCUGGACGUUGACGUGGACAGGGACGGUUCGAUAGACGAGGAGAACCCAUCAAUGGCUGUUGACCUGAAGAGCCAGUGGAAAUGGGGACCGGGAGGUAGCGGCGCCAUUCUACUUGUCAACAACGACAACGAUGACCUCACCACAGACAAGUACCCUGACAACAGGAAUAGCGCUGUCGACGGAGAUAUGGAUCUUAGAGACAUGAGCCCGAUGACAGUGCGCAUGCGUGGACCUACAUCCUUGCCCAAAGAGUACGUCGUUUGGCUGCAUACGUCACCAGAAAACGCUCAAAGGAUCGGGAUAUUCCAUCUCGAAGACAGGGGUUCGAACCCCCAUCACGUGAUUGGUCCAGCUGCCGGCAACAUGGCGGAACUGGACUGGCAAGUGAGCCCCACGGAUGACGUCAUGACGUCUGACUUCGCUGUAGAAGCUCUCCAGUACCCGGAUGUUCACUUUGACGGGGAGGUUUCAGUGCAUUUGUCUCUGCGUAAGGGAUCAGGAGAGCCUAUUUUUGAGGACACGGUCGUGUUCCGUGUGGCACCGUGGAUCAUGACCCCCAACACUCUUCCACCAAGGGAGGUAUUCGUAAGUGAGGUUCUAGAGCCGGAGGAGAAUAUCCAGUUCAUCCGGGAUCUGCAACAGCUGACAACUCGCGCCGGAGUGAGGCUAACCAUUGCUGCGCCUGGGCAGAACGGAGGUGACCGCUGGAUGCAGAAUGAGGUAGAAGUUGGUUAUUCUAAAGCGCCAGGCCGUACCCCUUUGCCUGUCGCCUUUUCGUCACCUCGCUAUGGAGGGCUCCAGUCUUUCCCAAGGACAACACUUCUGGGACCAGAUUUUGGAUACUUCAAUCAUUAUCAGCUAGGAGAAGAACCGACCUCGCUGGAUUCCUUCGGUAACCUUGAAGUCAGCCCACCUGUCAAGGUGAACGGAGUGGAGUAUCCACUCGGGCGAAUCCUCGUCGGCUCUUCUUCGGCAAGGGGGAAUCCUGGCCGCCGAAUGAUGGACACACUACUGAAUUUCCUGAGGGCGCAGAGAGUCCAACCGCCUGUCCUACUCCACUCUGAUUGGCUGGAAGUCGGUCACGUGGACGAGUUUAUGACCUUCGUUCCUGCUACAAACGGGAAGGGAUUCCGUAUGCUGCUCUCCAGCCCUGAUGUCUGUUACCGGAUACUGGAGGGAUUACGGGACAGAGGAUUCGGGGAAGCAGCUCUGUUUCAAGGCAAGAGGCGGCAGUCUAAAAGUCAGCUAGAUCACUGGGACAAGUCACAUGACUUCAGUCUGGAGGAGAGUGCAACUGUUACCAUCAACAGCCUGCUGGAAGAUUCCUCCUUAAGACAGCAAAACGCUCUUUACCAGAGGCACAUCAAUGAAAAUCGAGACAUACUGAAGAGGGAGCUGGGGUUGACAGAAGAGGACAUUGUCUACCUGCCGCAGUUGUACCGGGAGGUCACAGAACCUACUGCCGAUACGCCAGGGCGCGCAGCUGCGGCCUUCCCCAAUCUGGUGAACAUGUUAGUCCUUGGAAAGUUCCUGGGUAUUCCAAAGCCCUUUGGUCCCGUCAUCAACGGCACAUGCGCGUUUGAACAACACGUGACUUCACUGCUGGAACCUUUGGGACUGGACUGCAGCUUCCUGGAUGACUGGUACAACUAUCACGUGAUGUUGGGCGAGGUGCAUUGUGGGACUCAAACACGACGGCAACCAUUUGAUUUUAAGUGGUGGGAGAUGGAUCUGUAGAGCAGAGAUUUCUUAACGCACAUUUCUUGAGAAGAAAUAAAUUUCACCAUUUAAAGGUGAAUUUGUUAUGUUUACCGAAGGAAAACAUAUUCGUUUUUGUCUGUAUCUUCUUCUUGCUCUCGGUGGUAAGGCCUGAGUGUAUGCUAUGUGGAAAACAGCUUGAAGUCACACCCGUUUUUUGUAUAGUUGGUAUGGCAGCUGAAUAUCUUCUGCAUUAUAUUAACUCUUGACAUUUCAGAGUUUUUUUUUUUGUAUUUAUGAUCUUCUGUAUGUAACUUCUAUGAGCUCUCAGUGUUAAGACUUGUCUGGGAAAACCAGCUUAAAGUCACAAUCCUAUUUGUAUAACAUCGGUUGUGUAAAAGUGUGCAGAUCGUCCACUGUACAGUAUCAAAUGUUUCUUAUCUUUCAUGUGCUACCUACGGGAAUACCUGAGUGUAUGACUUGUGAACCGGCUUGAAGUCAUUCAUUCAAUUGCAUAUCAUUGGUUGCGUAACAGGUGAUUGUCUGCUCUGUUUAUUGAACCUCAUAGAUGAAAUGUGAGUUAAUCUCAACAUAUACCUUUCUUGGGGAGAAAAUAAUCUGCAGCAAUAAAGCAUAG